AUGCCGCCGAAGAAGAAGAAGGGGAAGAAGGGCGGCAAGAAGAAGAAGGAGGACGGGGCCGGCGGCGGCGGCGAGGUCAACGAGAUCGAGGAGGCGGACCGCAAGCAGAAGGCGGCCAAGGCCUUCGGCUACUUCAAGGAGACGCAGAAGGAGGAGCGGGACUUCAACGAGUUCCAGCAGCAGCGCGAGAAGCUCAACUACUUCUGGAUCGUCGAGAAGAAGAAGCUCGAGGACUCCAAGGCGGAGCUCCGGAACAAGGAGCGCGAGCUCCAGGACCUCGAGGAGAAGCACCAGGUCGAGAUCAAGGUCUACAAGCAGCGCGUCAAGCACCUGCUCUACGAGCACCAGAACGAGAUCACGCGGCGGAAGACGGGCGCGGAGACCGCGCUCAAGCUCAGCCAGGACGACCACCGCCUCGACGAGGUCGAGCUCAAGAGCGACCGCCGCGCGCUGAAGCUCGAGCUCAAGGAGACGGAGCUCACGCACGACGACUUUUUGAAGUCGCUGAAGCAGGAGCACGACCGCAACAUCACGAACCUGCGCCACGAGUUCGAGCGGAAGGCGUCGGAGGUGCAGCGGAACUACGAGAAGAAGACCAAGGCCGUCCGCGAGCGCCUCGAGGAGCGGCGCAAGCGCGAGACGCUGGCCAUCGAGCACGCGAAGAACGUGCACAUCGAGGCCCUCAUGAAGGCCCACGAGAAGGCCUUCGCGGAGAUCAAGAACUACUACAACGACAUCACGCACAACAACCUGGACCUCAUCAAGUCCCUCAAGGAGGAGGUCGGCGAGAUGCGGCGCAAGGAGCAGCAGGACGAGAAGCAGAUGGAGCACAUCGCCCAGGAGAACCGGCGCAUGAGCGAGCCCUUCAAGAAGGCGCGCGAGGACGUCGACGAGCUCCGCGCCGAGCUCGCGCGCUACGAGCGCGAGAAGGGCGAGCUCCGCGGCGCCAAGGCGCGUUUGCUGGUCGUCGAGUCCCAGUUCGGCGCGCUGCGCUGGGAGGACGAGGUGCUGCGCCAGCGCCACGCGGAGGUCGCGGCGCAGAAGGACGCGCUCUCGAGCCGGUUCACGGCCGUCGCGGCCGAGGUGAAGCAGAAGGCCCAGUUCAAGGCGCUGCUGUUGGAGAAGAAGCUCGACACCGUCGCCGAGACCCUCGAAGCCCGCGACGCCCAGCUCGACGACGCGCUCGCGCGCGCGAACGUCGACGUCGCCGCGCUCGGCGUCGGCCAGCGGUCCAAGGCCCGCGACGUCGUCGAGCGGAAGGCGUCCGAGCUCGCGGACCUGCGCGCGGAGCUCGCGCGCGUCGCCGACGCCCACGGCUCCCUCGUCGAGGCCGUCGCGGUCAAGAUGUCGGACCUCGGCGUGCCGACGCCGGAAUUGGGCUUCGUGCCCAUG